AUGAGGCCUCCCCAACCCGACCUCCCCUCCGCCUCCCCUACUCCCCACCCCAGCCUCGGGUCGCCGCCCCUCGCCGCAGGCCUCCCUGCCUGGCCCUGCCGCCCCUCGCUGCCGGCCUCCCUGCCUGACCCUGCCUCGGGCCUCCCCGCCCAGUCGCCGUGCCCUCUGAUCACCUCCGGCCUCCCUACCCGAGACUCCUCACCCUGGUCGCCGUGCCCUGGCCUCCCCGCUCAGCCCCACCUCAUCGGCCUCCGCGCCCGGCCGUCGCCCCUCCUUGGCCUCCCCUCCCUGCCGCCCCUCCCCGCGGCCACCCCGCCCCGCCUCCUCGCCCAGUCGCCUCCCCGUUGUCCCUCCCUAGCCCCCACUGCCGCCCCUCUCUUGCCUCCCCACCCGGCCGCCCUGCUGCCGCAGCGGAACGAGUGCAGCAAGGCACCGUGA